CACAAGCCAAGCCCGGCCCGCUAAUUUUAAACUCCGACAUGGGGCACAAGCCUGGUUGACAAGCCGGUAUAAUAAGUCUCCGCAUCAACAAACAGCGCGCUCGUUUGUUUGACGCACCAAUUGAUAGUGAAGCGUCAUGGCGGCGCCCACUGUCGCGCUCGCCUCGUCUCGUCUCACCUCCUUUUCUUAUACCCUCAUUCAUGCUGUCACUGCUACUGCCGGUCCUUUCAUUGCUGCCCGCAGUGAAUGCCCUGUGGAACGUAUCAGUGGACGACACGUCGCCCCUCAUCACGUAUGCCGGGAUAUGGGAGCGCUCCUCGUCCCAUAGGGCCAGUCUGGAUUUUGGCGGGACGCAUACAGGCACUAGCGAUGUGAGAGCUAGCGCCACAUUCAAGUUCACAGGCGUUGCAGUGUACUACCUGGCACCGCUCUGGCCGUACGCCGUGGACACUGUGAUUACGUUCGACGGGGAGCGUAGUGUGGUUGUCAAUCUCACUGAUCCAUUCGCGUCGACCACGAGUGUCGGUGGAUCCGAGUCUUCGCUGUGGGAUGUGCGGUGGUCUGCGACCGGGCCAAGAAUAGCAUCGUACAGCUGACGAUAGGGGAUAACCGUUUUAUCAUUUGCGAUGGCUUUUAGUGCCUUCCCCCGUCUCUAAUACCUCUCAUACACCCGACUAAUGGGUAGGUUACAGCUACACGAUAGAAAACGGAACGGGCUCUGCGUCUUCGUCAUCGUCCUCCCCUUCGUUGUCAUCCCCUACCAACUCAACAGGCGUCGCCCCGAAACCACCGCCGAAAGACUCCCUGUCGAUCGCGCUCGGUGUCGGAUUGGGCGCAGCAGCAAUCAUCGCAGGCGCCUUUGCCUUCUACUUUUUCGUUUUGCGACGGCGCAAUCCUCGCGGUGACUACGCCCGCACAAACAAUGUAUUGGACCAUUGGGGCCGGUUUGACGACCGCAACUCUAUGCUUUACCCCAAGCCCACGCCGUUCGUCUUCAAUGACCUGGCGCGCGACAACAGCUAUGAUCUAUCGACACCGCAGACAUCCGAGUCUCGGGCCGGGCCCAGGGGAUCGCUGGGACCUUCGGAUACUUUAGACGUCCAUUGCGCCAGCGGAAGCAGGGUGACGAGAGCGACAUCCAUAGCCACGGCGUCUUCUUCCCGUUCGACUGGGGGGGUGGGUGGUCUCGGUCUCGAAGUGCGUGCGCUGCCGAUGAGUGAGAAGAGUCGUACGAUGGAGGAGGAGGUAUAUGCGGCCGCCCCGCCCGCGUAUACCGAAAGCUGACCUGUUGAAGUAAGGCUCCCAUUGCGUUUUUCUGACGUUGUGUUAUGUAGCGUACACAUCUUACCUAUCAUCAUUGCCCUAGACGCGAUUCUCUAAUCUCAUGCGCCGUACUUGCCAUGGACUAAUCUGUUGUCCAUUACUUAUCUUAGUCACUCAUGGGCAUUGGUGUCAUGCCCAUUUGUAC